AUGUCUGAGUCUUCAGGCUCAAGUCCUGUACAACACUCCAAGUCAGGAAGAUCUCCACCACCAUCCAGUGAUCCUGGAUGCUGUCUGCACCACUUUUCUCAAUAUAUUAAUCAGAAAAACUCGAUGCUGACUGGUCCAGGAGUGCCGCCCAGGCCUCAUGCACAGUGUUGUCCUGCACUAUCUGCUGUGUACACUCCACCAUCGACCUUUGGUUUGCCCACUAUUGCACCAAUACCCCCACCAUUACCCGAUCUGCCACUGAUGAGUGUUACUGGCACACUUUUUCAGUUACCUGAAGCUUUACCACUCACUAUCACACCCUACUUUGCUGGAGAGGCUGAUGCAAAUGUUAGGUGGGUCAAACAGGAUCAAGCUUUAUACAAGGAACUUGUUGGUGCAAUCACUGAUGAUUGCUAUUGCCUAGCAAAUCUGGACCCUAUUACUGUGUCACUUGUGGAUGACACAUUGGGGUUUUCAAUCACUGGGAUGAAGUUGUGGAGAACAUCGAAGGCUUUUCUGAUGUGGUUUACGCUGUUACUUCGCUUACCAUUGGAGAAGUACUCCUUUGUGCUGGAAUUAGGAAUGGUGAAGUACACAAUCGUCAAAUAUGAACUUAGCACAUAUCAAUUUGUCUGUCCUAUUAUGUCUCAACCACUUGGUCUCUUCGGAGAAGGCAUUAGACAUGAGUCCAGAAUCAAGAUUAAUCAGUUGUCAGUCAAAGACCACAAGCUUGUUAUACGAAAGUAUACCAUUGUUAAGACCAUGCACAAAGGGUGUAAUGGCUACUCAGGACAAGUCCUGAGUAGAAGCAAACAGAGGAUCAGAGGAUCAGAGGAUCAGAGGGUCAGAGGAUUAGAGAAUCAGAGGAUCAGAGGAGCGGAGGAGCGGAGGAGUGGAGGAGCGGAGCUCCGGCCUAGGGAAUUCCUCCCUAGGCCUAAGGAAGAUUUCACAAGGAAGGAACUAGUAUAA